AUGUUCAAGUUGCUGACUGGCUUAGGUCAAAUGCGACUUCGCGACCCAGGACCCAUGCACCAACUGCAAAAAGUCCGAUGUGGAGUGCCGCGCAAGAGAUUCACCAAUAGCCUGUCGCCAGGACGGAAUGCUUCAAUCUCUGCAUUGAGUCAGACUCCCCGGAGCUCACAGCCCGUCGACUCAGACCCAACGUCACGGCGCAUAUCAUCAAGCAGGCCUGCGGAGCCAAUUCACAAUGCAGGCCUUCCUACUAAUGAGCCAUUCAUCAAGGAAGAGAGCUAUCGCGGUCGCAGUGAAUAUCUAGGUGGCAGCGUCCCCUUCGAUGAAAAUAUGGUCAAACCUGGUCGCGAGACUACAUACACCAACCCCAAAGCCUCAACAAUAGACCUGCAAAUGCUGCGCAACCAAGGAGCAUUUGAACUCCCACCUUUAUCGGUCCAGAAUGAGUUAAUGGCCAGUUUUCAUGCACACUGUGCACCCUGGACACCCGUGGUCGACCCGAAAUGGCUGGACGAGAGCACGCCUCCUUCGAUGCUGCUCCUUCAAGCGAUCUUCUUAGCCGGCAGCAGAGUAUCCAAAGCCCAUUUGGACUAUGGAUCUAGCGAGGUGUUCUAUCGACGCGCUAAAUUGCUUUUCUUUUUUGGUGGAUGCGACCAUCCACUCAUUUCUAUUGUCGCUGCCUGUCUCUUGCACUGGUACAAUCCUGUUGGACCCGAAGAUGUGUCCACUGAUACCAGUGGCUUUUGGAUUCGAACAGCUGGUGCGAUGGCGUUUCAAAUCGGACUGCAUAAAGAGCCGCCGCCCAACUCUCGCGAUCGGGGUCUUCGCCGGAGGUUGUGGUGGUCUUUAGUAGUUCGAGAUAAUAUUAUUUCGGUUGGCGUUGGCCGACCGCGAACUAUCAAUCUUCGCGACAGCGACGUGCUUCCUCCGUCCUUGAAUGAUUUCCCCGUGAACAAUUUCAAGGCCCAACUAUUUCUGGCUUACUGCGCAAUAGCUCGUCUUCUGGGAGACACUGUCGAAUCUCAUCUCCGGCAAGAAAUCUCCCGUCAAAGACAAGUCGAUCUCGAGAAUGCGGUCUACAGAUGGGCGAAACAGGUGAUUCCCAAGCUGCAAUCAAGUGUCGCGGUCCAGGAAGAUGCCGACAUUUGCAAUCUGGAAGUCUACCAACUAUUGGUGAUGUACUUUGUGGUACUAACGAUCUUACAUCGCUCGCCGACACCGAACAGCGUACCCCCGGCAGCAUCGUUGGUUGCAUCUUCAUUCAUUGCCGGAAUAUACGAAGAGUUCCUCCUUCGCGACGAACUCCGAUAUUUAGGCCCUGUUUUCGCAUUCUAUCCUCUCUGCGCCGGACUCUCGCUCCUAUCCAGCUGUCGCUAUGCCCAUCUCCAAAGUAUAGCAGAACAUGAAUUAACCGUCAUGAAGCUCGCCCUCCAAAAGCUUUCCGAGCGGUGGCUCUCCGCAGUCGGCCCUCUACGCGCUUUGAACAAACUCACCGAAAAGGUGCGAGAACUGGGUCCAUUCGAAGGCCCCUCGCCUACAGUUGACUCGGACGCCGCCUCUUUCUUCGAAGGCUUUGACAAGAAACUGUGCAAACAGUGGCGGCUCAUCGGUCAAUCACCGGCACCGGCCAAUGGAGACAUGGGCAUUGAGCCAACGUGCUCUUUAGCCGACAUCCAAGAUUCCAACGAGACCCUUCGGUCUCUCGAUGACCAACCGGGACAAGAAAGUUAUGAUCUUUCUGCUCUUGAUGUUAGCCUCGAUCCUUUCAGCAAUAAUUGGGAAGGAGCCGGAUUUGAUUGGAGUGGUUCUUGGCUCCUCAGUGUUUGA